UGAGGAAUGAAUUGAGACAACUAAAGGAUCUACCAAAAGAAAUUCUUAGUUGUUCACCUGUCGAUGGAACUGAAAGUUUGAAACAAUGGGAAGCAAAAAUACGAGGACCGAUUGAUACACCAUAUGAAAAUGGUAUAUUUAGACUCGAUUUAGAUUUAUCAAUCAUACCUGACAGUCAUGGAAAGAUAUUUCCAAUCACACCACCAAUUAUUAAAUUCAAGACAAAAAUAUUUCAUCCAAAUAUAAGUUCAAAAGGAGAAAUAUGUUUGGAUAUUCUUCGAGAUCAAUGGUGUCCAGCAUUAUCUUUAUCAAAAGUUUUACUAUGUAUUGUUUCAUUAUUAUCAGAUCCAAAUAUUGAUGAUUUUCUUGUACCAGAGGCUGCUUAUUUAUACAAAGAAAAUCGACAAGAAUAUAAUAGAAAAGCAAGAGAAUGGACCAAAAACUACGCUAUGGAAUCCUAUGAUUCUGCCGGAAUACAACAGAAUUCAAACGAAUUAAAUGAUCUUACUAAUACAGUUACAAUAAUGAACAUAACAUCAUCAUUAUCAGAUCAUAUUGUGCAACAAGAUGUCGUCACUAAUCAAUCGAAUGCUAGACGUCGACCUGCUCGAUUCAAUAUUAUUGAACCAUUGCAAGCAAAAACAUUUGAUAAUGGAGAAUCAAAAGAACAUCUUCCAAUUGUUGCAGAGUGUCUCUACUCUAGGAAUGAUCAUCAAGAUAGACACAGAUAUCAGAUGAAUGAGUUUGAUGAAGUUAUAGAGAAGCUUGAUAUUGACAAUGAACUUCAGUCAUUGGCUAUGGCAUUAGAAAGAGAAGGUCUUAAACUUGGAAAACGAACAGAAGCUAAAAUUUUAAUCAAUGACUUACAUAUAUUAAGAGGUACAACACCUGAUAAAAUGGGUCAAGGAUGUUUACGUCUAUAUUCAAUGCAAACAUUUCUUUAUCCAGAACUUAAUCAAUUUUUACGUGAAGGAGAUCGUACAAAAAUUGAAACAUACAAACCAUUUGUUCGUCUUUUAUGUUAUUAUUUUAAUCAUUCAUCAUCAAUUGAAGUUCAUAGUAUUGAAGUUUAUCGUGGAAUGAAUUUAUCAUUAUCGAUGAUCAAUGCUUAUAGAAAAGCUACAGAAAGUGGUACAUCAUUUCGAUGGGCUGGUUUUAGUUCAACAAGUAAAAAUCGAGAAUUUGCUGAAGAUUUUAAUACGAAUACUCUUUUCAUUAUGCAGCUAAAAAAGAUCUAUUCAAAAGAAAAGAAAGCUAUUGAUAUUAGUAUUUAUUCACAAUUUCCAGAAGAAGAAGAAGUAUUAUUAAAAGCUGGUGUUGAAUUCACAGUUGAAAAAGUUAAAUAUGAUGAUAGAAAGAAAAAACAUUAUAUUUAUCUUAAUGUUUAUGUUUAA